GGAGGAAGGGGGGGGGAAAGGCCCUCAAAACAUACUGCCUACCCAGUCAAUCUUAUAAAUGGAAAUUUUGCACAUGACUGAUAAUAGUUACUACUGACAAUAACUGGCUAUAUGGCUAAGAAUCCAACCUGCUAACAAUGCGAUUCCUUUUCCCCCUCUCCUUGGCACUCGCCUGCCUCUGCGAGAUCGCCGCGGUAGAGUGCGUCAAGAUCAGCAGCGACGUCUUCCCCAAGACCGAUAUAUACCCAGCGCCAAAUCAGGGAAACCUUCAUGCUCAUGACCCCAGUAUUAUCAAGGAUAACGGCAGCUUCUACCUUUUCAAAGGGGGCCAUUACCUCCCGAUCUACAAGGCCCCCAGUCUCUCCGGGCCGUGGACUAAUAUUGGGACUGUAUUUUCGGGCCCCAGCAUCAUCCACAAGGUCAAUCGGACGCGACCAUGGUCGCCCAUGACGACCUUACAGAAUGGCACGUACUACUGCUACUAUGCCAUCAGCGCGAACGGCAUCACAAACAGUGCCAUCGGCGUCGCGACCGCCACGUCUCUCGAAAACAGCACCUGGACGGACCACGGCGCCAUCAUCAACACCGGCUCCGGGUAUCUGUCUGACAUCUGGCCAUACAGCGAGGCAAAUGCCAUCGAUCCGGCCUUCAUGAGAGACCAGAGCACAGGGAAGCCUUACCUGACGUUUGGAAGUUAUUGGCACGAUAUCUUCCUGGUCGCCUUGUCGGAGGAUCUGCUUUCGGUCGAGAAUCCAACGGCGCCCGACGCAAUAAACACGGCGUACCAGCCGAAACCAUACCAUGGAUCAAGACCACUGGAGGGCUCCUUCCUCAGCUACAAGUCACCGUUCUAUUACCUGUGGUUCAGCCAUGGACAGUGCUGCCACUUUGGUCGUGAUAACUUCCCGGAACCGGGACACGAAUAUAGUAUCCGUGUUGGCCGAUCUACAAGCAUCCGAGGCCCGUUUGUCGACAAAGAUGGCGUUCAUCUGACCGAGGGGGGCGGCACGGUCAUAUAUGGCUCGAACCGGGGCGUCACGUAUGCCCCCGGGGGAAUCGGCGUGAUGGCUGGGAAUCAGUCAUAUCCUGAUAUCCUCUACUUCCAUUACCUGAACACCUCUACUGGUUUUAAGAAUAAGGACGCACAUCUUGGCUGGGAGUACUUGGAUUACGACCAGGGGUGGCCUGUUGCAAAGGCUACCUUUGAUUCAACCGAGUUCACCUUGAACAACGCCAAUUAUACUUCGAACGUGGCAGCGUUCAAUGGCCAGUCAAGAUCAAAAUUGGCGUUCGUCGUCUUCUUCUCUGCCUUGAUGUACAUCGUGUCUUAGAUAGAUCCUCUGAUACCCUUACCCUGUGUAUAUACGUUUCUUACGAAUUCCAGACAAAUGAGCAAUAGAUUACGAAAUACAAAUGACUAAAACAGGACG